AUGUGGUUCACUAGACAUUCACUAAGACGACAAAGUGAUGACGUCCUUAGAAAUGCUGAAGGAAAAAAAUCACGUAAAAUUGAUCAACGAAUACAAACUCUUCUCUAUCGUAAAUCAAAACUAGAAAGUGCUAGUGAAACAUCAGCAGUUCUUAGUGGAUUUGCUAUUGUAGCUCUUGUCGAAUUUUCAAUUGAUUCAUAUCCAGACAUACCUUCUCGAGACGGAGUUUUGACAGCUUAUGCUAUUCUAUCAUGUUUAUUAGUUAGUGUUCAUUUAUUGGCUUUACUUAUGUCAAUAUGUAUUUUACCUGAAAUAAAAAAUGUCCUGAAUCAAAAGAAUACUUGGAUAAAGCAUAAAAAUGAGGAACCACUAUCAGAAAUUGGUAUAUAUAUUGAAAUAGCAUGGUUACUUUCAACUGGUCUUGGUUUAUUUUUAAUAAUUCUUGAACUUGGUCUUAUCAUUUGGAUAAAAGUCUCUGGUUUUUCACAAACAGCUGCGAUUGCUGCGAUUGUUACACUUGUUUUAGUUGGUGUACCAUUUAUUAUUUUUGCAGUUGGUUUCUAUGUUCGAGUAGUUCGAGCUAAAGUUUUUCUUCAUCAAAAUGACUUAGAAUCACUUGAACGGGGUGCUUACACAAAUACUGCUUUUUUAAGUGUUCCAUCAACAACAACAACAUCAUUGGCAGAUAUCACUGAGGAUCGUUGA